AUGCCGUCCACUGUGGCUACGCCAUCGACCUCUGCCAACGCCAUCCCGAACGUCUCAAAUCAGAAAAGGUUCAGCACCUUUGCUGGUCUCAGAGAUCUCUCGGCGCGCGGAGGCAGCCAACAUGGCUCCGUCGGCCAGUCCGGCAGCAAUCGCACCAGCAUCCGCGGCAUGUUUGAUGAGGAUGGCAAUCCCGCGUCGCUCACCGCCACUCCCCACAGUCGAAGCGCCGAGUUGGAUUCGACGUUGACAGACCCCGCGUCGGCUGCGGCCCUUGGUAGAUCCGUGGAUGGUCCGUGGAGCAUCAGUGUUGCCGAAGCCAAGGACAAGCGUCAAGGCCGCAAACACAAGCAGCUUGUUGCUUCCUACACCCUAUACGUUGCCACACCCAUCCACAACCUCACGCUCAUCCGUUCCGCUAUCGACAUCGCCGAGGUUGACCAAAAGAUCAAGGACUCCCUUUCUCCGACUUCGUUGCCUGCGUUGCCCAACCUGCCCAGCUCCGCACCUUCGUCGAGCGGACGCAAGUUCUUCCAGACACUCUCACGCACAUUGUCGCCAGGCGCUUCCAGGUCCCGCGCCAACUUCUCCAAUUUGGCCGGAGACGCUGCAACGCCACCUGCCACAGACCUCCACUCGGCUGGCGCGAUGUCUCCACCGCCAUCGGCUCCGCUAUCCCCUGCACUGGGUGCAGACGCCAAACUUGCUUCGCAUUCGAUCACCACCCAGCUCGCCACUUACUUCACUGCGCUCGCCAACACUCCCGCUGUGCGUCAACACAAGGCCUGGAAGCGCUUCGUGCGUGUCGGUGCGGACGAUUUCCAGAGCGUCCGAGUUGAACGCCGUGUUCGAAAAGUCCGCAGCGAUCUAGCUCAACACGUCAAGUCCUCCGUCGCUCCGCGAAAUACCAACGUCGGCGUCGCUCCGGCCCAGUCCGAUCUCGAGACGGAUGGCGGGCCCACCGAAGACGACUUGGAUCUUGACUCGGCAGACGACUCAUCUCGCGCGUCCGGCGCCGCUGCUGGCCGUCUCAGCCGUGCUACCGUAGCCUCACAUGCAGGGUCCCUAGACACUUCAUCGUCUGACAAGCGAGGCGUCGCAGACGACAGUCGCUCCACCAAUACCAAUAUCGAGAUGAUCCCCGAAGAGCAGAAUGGAGAAGGGUCCGAGGAAGUCGACAGCACCGCAGGUCAACGUGUUCGCUCGCAUCGUCGUCGCAAGGGCUCCAACAAGGUCACCGUCAAUGACUUCGAGAUGAUCCGCGUCCUCGGAAAGGGUUGCGCUGGCAAAGUCCUCCUCGUGCGCCACUCUUCGUCACGCGGUCUCUAUGCCAUGAAGUCGAUCCACAAGAGGCACGUGCUUGCGCACCAAGAGCUGCAACAUACGCUCACGGAACAAGCCGUGCUCAAGCGUAUGGCCAAGGACGUCCUCGAUCCUUUCGUGGUGCGUCUGUGGUGGUCUUUUCAUGACCGCAACAACCUCUACCUUGUCAUGGACUUCCAUCCGGGCGGAGAUCUUGCUACGCAACUUUCGCGAUGGGGCCGACUCGGCCGCGACCGCGCUCGCUUCUACGCCGCCGAGAUCGUUGAGGGUGUCGAAGGUCUUCACAAGGCCGGCGUCAUCUAUCGCGAUCUGAAGCCCGAGAACGUGCUCAUCGCUGCUGACGGACACAUUGUGCUUUCCGACUUUGGCCUGUCGAAGGAGUUUAGCAGCCGAACCAGAUCCAUCGGCAGCGUCACGCCUCCCCCCACCUCGCCAACUCGCUCGCAUUCAAGCACAAGCGUCAACAAGCAGCGAUCCACGCACUGGAUGUCGGCGUCUGACGAUGCCGCUGACGCCCCAUCGAGAUCCUCAUCGAGCCGAUGGCUCGAGGAGCGAGAGACCACCACCACCUUCUGCGGUACUGCCGAGUAUCUGGCUCCCGAGGUUCUCCAGGGUCAAGCGUACUCGUACGAAGUCGAUUGGUGGAGCUUCGGUACCAUGCUCUACGAGAUGCUGACCGGCAUCACUCCCUUCUGGGCCGACACACACGCCGACAUGUACGCAAAGGUGCUUCGCGACCCCUUGGUCUUCCCAGAGGAUCGAGUCUUGGAUCAGGACACCAAAAGCAUCCUGCGUGGAUUGCUGCAGAGGAACCCGCAGCUGCGAAUGAAGGAGCCACGGAUCAAGAAGCACCCUUACUUUUCCAUGAUCGAAUGGGACCACAUCUUCCACAAGCGGUACAUUCCGCCCUACAUUCCGCCCAUCGAUCCCGAUAAUGAGACGGAUACGCAGAACUUUGACGAGACGUUCCUAGAGAUGCAGCCCACCGUUGCGCACGAGCAAGACGCCAGCGUCGAUGUGGCCACUGCCGCUGGCGAGGAUGGCGCUGGUGAUCCCGAGGCUUUGGUGACCGCCGACAGCAACGCCAACUUGGCCGCAGGUGCCACUGUGACAACCACGCCGGACCAGAGCAUGGACGAUCGCGAAGCCCCGGAGCAUGCCAACAUCUUCGACGGAUACUCCUUCAGGGGUCGAAAGGACUCUGAGUCGAUUAUUUCCAUCCGGUCCUCCGAUCAGGUGGUGGAGGAUGCUGCCGGCGACUCGGCGACGACUCCAGGCUCUCCCGUGAAGCAGGCUGCAGCCACCAGCGCCAAGAAUCCGUCGCAGACGCCUUCACCCGUCUCUGUCCUCACCAAAGCGACAGUGGCCCCUGCGGUCGUCGAUCGUCAAGCCAUCUCUACGCAGCCUUCUGCCGCCGAUAUUUCGAUCAUCGAAGAGGAGGACGACGAGACGGCAGCACGUCAUGCAGCUGCUGUACUCGCCCAUCUCGAACACGAGGCCAGCAUGGAGGCAUCUUCGAUCGCCGGCAUGUCGACUGGCGACGCCGUGUCCAGCGAACCGGUGCAACUGCACAGCCGUGAAGGCACUACAACUAACUCGGACUCUGAUCACUCCACCAGUCAGGUUCAGAGCUCGCCCGCCAGUUCGUAUGCGAGCCGGUCAGCCGCAUCUCGCAAGGUGGCUCCCUCUGCGGUCGGUCGUCCCAGCAACGGUGCCAUCCGUGAGGACGAUCAGGAAGAUGAAGAUUGGGACAUGGUCGAGGUCUCUGGUCCCGAUGGUGCGUUGAAGUCCGAGCUCAAUGGUGGACGAGGCACCAACCUGUUCUCCCGCGGUGUUGUCGACACGUAUCGGCUUCUUCGCCGUCAAGAAUCCUCGCGCAUCCCACCCUCUUCGAGCCACUCGUCGACCUCGAGUCGUCCCUUCAACCGUCUAGGCAAGCGACGCAACGGUCAAGGCUUGGGCUCGAUGCGGUCGAAAGCCUCAAUGCGCGAGUCGACUGCGGCUGGCAGCGUCAACACGGUUGCGCACGCCGAUACGACCGCGGCUGGCGACGCGGCCGACAGUGAGAAGGACGCUGCGAUUGAACAGGCGGCCGCUAAGCUCUCGGCGACCGGUGGUCGCGCGUCUGUCCUCUCAGCUUCUUCCAACACCGAAGUGAAUCGUCGCUCUGCAGCCUCGCCGAGCCUCUCUGGAAGCGAGGAGAACAAGCAUCAGGCCAGACUCAAGAAGAUCAAGCGCUUCACUACGUUCUUUGAAACCUCUUCGCAGCGCUGA